GGUGAAUGAGAAUGGAAGAGCUACGGAAACUUGAGAAAGUACAGAGGAUGGUGGAAUUCAUGGAAUCAAGGGGCGUUACAAUAACAAACUCCGAUCACCACUCUAACCGCUUCCUCGCUAAUCUCAUGCUCUUCUUGAUAGAACCGUGCGGAGAGCUUGGCAUGGACGACAAGUGCUGUUUGGUUUCUCAAUUUAUGCCUUCACUCUCAUCUGCAUUUCUCGAGGAUGCAUAUGAACAUCACAUUGUCACCAAAGAAGAAAAUAGUGGUACUGGUUUUGAACAAAAUCUUGUGGGAAAUGCUUUGCUUAGUUGUGAUCGGAUGAAAGAACAUAGUUUGUUGCAAAGUUAUGAUAACAUAGCCAUGGUUGGACUGGAUUCCAUGCAAAAGGCAAAUUCUACCCUUGAGGAUUUUUGCAGAUCUUAUUUUAUGUUUCAUGGAUUGGAUGUAAGCAAGCCACAAUCAAUCUUCCAAUACUUACCUAUUCUUUCAUUCACAGAGAGUUAUAUUUAUCAGCUAGAUAAAAUGAAUGAGAAAUUGCUGCAAAUACCGAACAAUGGGGAGUUUGUGUUUGGAGGAAAAGAUGAGAAAGCGAAUCCAGUAUUGGUUUCUUGUUUCUCAAAUGAUCCAGUUAAACCACUUGUGACUAUUCUUGAACAUAAAGGCCUUUUGACAGAAAGGAUAAGAGAAGAACUCAGACAUGGAGAAGAAUACUGGGCUCUUGAAAGAAAGCUCUGUUAUGCACUGAUAAACAAAAAGGAGAUUCUUGUUGAAGAUGUAAUGAAGGCUAUUCAUUUAAAGUCUUUUGAUUACCGAGUGCUGAAUCUUCUUCUCUAUCAACUGCAAGGAGCUAAGGUUGAGGAGUUGCAUAUGGAGUUUCUUUCAAUUUCGGAGUUCUUAGUGGAAAUUUCUGAUGAUCUGUAUGACUACGAGGAUGAUGUUUUAGAGAAUAAUUUCAACAUUUUACGCAUGUUUGUCAGAAUUUAUGGAGCUUCAACUGCCCCAGCUAUGCUGGCGAAGUGCAUUAGUGAGGCUGAAGAUAAGUAUGAAAGUUUACUGGAAUCACUGGAUCCACAGCUUUCUCUGAGCUACCAGAAAAGAUGCGCUGAAGCCACUAAAGAAGGUGGAAAGGUAUCAGAGCACCCUCUUGGCACGUGGAUUAUUCCAACCGUGAUUCCAGAUGAGGAUUUCUAUAGAUCAAAGUUGAAAUCAGAUGCUGUGUGAAUAUAAACCUCAACCGUAUUGCUGUCAGGUAGUCAUGCCAAUUCUAGUGUUUUCACCCUAGUGUCCUCGUCAUGCCGAUGGCCUUAAGAGGUCGAGUUUAACUGAUUUUUUUUUUUGUUAAAUGCUAUGAACGUGUUUAUGCUAAACAACUUACCAAAAAAAGAAGUGAAUUUUCGGGCUCCAAGCCUGCGUAAAUUU